AUGGUCAUCACAAAGCUCCUUCUAUGUCUCCUCAUGGCCACCCUCAGUCUCGUUGCACCAGUAAAUUCAACCACACCCAGACGGGCCAUGAUCAUCAACUCAAAUUCUACUAUUGCUCAAUUCCUCAACACGCACAACGCAGUGAGGGCGAAACACAACGUCCCUCCUCUCCAGUGGAGCACGAAGCUAGCCAACUACGCCAAAUGGUACGCGAACCAGCGGAGAGGGGACUGUGCACUGGUUCACUCUGACAGCGACUUGGGUGAGAACAUUUUCUGGGGGCAGGGGAACCGGUGGAAGCCAUCAGAUGCAGUCGCGGCGUGGGCGGCACAAGAAGCAUACUAUGACUACAAAAAUAAUAAGUGCAUGCCAAAUAAAGAGUGCUUGCAUUAUACACAGGUUGUGUGGAGGAGCACAAGGGAUGUUGGGUGUGCUAAGAUCAAAUGCAGAAGUGGUGAUACAUAUGUAGUCUGUGAGUACUAUCCUCAUGGCAAUGUUAUUGGGGAGAGACCAUACUGA